AUGUUUGGUCAAGGUGCUUAUGCAAUUCAAUUAUUUGGUAAAAAUUUCCAUGAUUCAUAUGGUUUUCCAGAAACUUCAACAGAAUCAAUAAUGAUUGGUAUUACAAUAAAAUAUACAUGUAUAUUUGUUGCAAUUUUUUUGGAAACAUUUGGAUUUUUCAUGACUUUCAUUGCAAUAGUUUCAGUAAUUACAAGAUCAAAAGGUUUACAUUUCCAUAAAGGUUGGUGGGCAAUGACUUUCCCCCUAGGUACAAUGUCAAUAUCAACAAAUUUAACAGGGAAAUUAAUGAAUUAUGAAACUUUUAAAAUUAUUAGUUGUAUUUAUGGAGUUUGUUUGAUUUUAAUAACUAUUGGUUGUUUAAUUGGAAGUUUGAUUUAUGAAACUCCAAGAUUAAAAGAUUUUGAAGAUGAAGUUGAUGAAGUUGAUCAUGAAAAAAGUGGAACUGAAGUUGUUCAUGAUUUAGAAAGUGGUACAUUAUAUGAUAAAUGA